AUGAUUAAGGCAGCGAUUGUCGUGAACGAUUUGCCUUGCGCCGCAGAGCAGGAUCCAGCAUGGAAGGCCUGGAAGGCUUCGCCAGCGCAGGUCGUCUUCGCACUCAAAGUGCAGACCAAGUGCGCCCAAGCUGCGCCGCCUGCCCGCUCGGCUCCAGAAGCCUGCGCUGGGUCGAGCGACGUGGCAGGAAUGGCCGAAGCUGUGAAACAGCUCGCAGAACUACAGACCCAGGUGCUCCAGAAGGGCAAACCGAAGGGACUCACCUUCAAGCUUCAAGACAGGAUCGUUGAAGUGGGCUUGCAGAAUUUCGACGGCGACGAAGACACCCUUCCGUCCGAGGAAAUCCUGGCGAAGUUCGAAGCCGGAGCCAAGAUCGCCAACGACAAGGGCCGGGCUUGGAUCGGCUCUGCAGAAGGGGAAGAUCUCCGCGAUCAUCACCGUCCAGCAUGGAGUCGCACCCCGCUCGUCGACGCGGUCGUGGGCGACGGCUCCUACGAGGAUCGCGUGAGGCAGAGUGCGGCCGCCAAGGGCGAAAGCGCCUGGAUCGAUAAGAUCGAUUACGCAAUCCUCGCGAAGGCGUGCAGCAUGGCGGACUUUUUCUUUUACGCGCGCAUUAUGGUCCGCAUCGCCGAGGAGAACGGCGGGGUCAGGACGGCGUUUCAAUGCGACGUCCUCCAGCGGAGGGCCAUGGCCAAGGCGCUCGAGAGGGGCGAGACCGAUUUGAGAAGGUAUCUGACAAGGAUCGACGUUGAUCUCCUGCGCACGGCCAAAGACAAGUUGGACAAGCGCUUCGCGGAGCUCGCUCGUGCAUCUG